AAAAAGACUGGAGGGCAGUGGCCUGCUGUGUUCUGUGGAAGGACACACUACAAGCGCUAGAAUGAAGGACGCUUGCACGGCUGGAAGGGCCUGUCCUGACAGCUCUGUGUGGAGGGCGGAGCAGUACCAAUUGAGGAAGGAUCUGGCCGGCCUCGGCAACCUGAGGUACCAGGUCUCCUUAGGCAUGCCCUGGUUCUGUGACCUUGGCCAGCACCUUUCUCUUCUGAACCUAUUUCUUCGUCUGCUGAGUAGUCAAAAUCUGCCUUUGCCACUCAACAAGUUGGUGAGCCUUGCAUUUGGACCACACCUGUUUUUCAGGCACACCUGCUUGUGCAAUGCUGAUGUCUAGCAGCGAAAGCGGAAACACCUACAGGGCGAGUCCUCGGCCGGCUCUAGGAGCCACCCACUCGCAAGAGGUGCCCAGGACUGUCCUGCGGUCGUGCGGGGCUCCCUCACAGCCGCCCCUCAUCCACUGUCCUCCGCAGCCUUGGGAGCUACUUGGGAGCUAGGAGGGGCCAGGGCAGCCCAGGGGCACCAUGAUGGAGCCCGGGACCGAGGAUCUGGACACCCUCAUCGACGAACUGGACUACCUGCCCGGCCACUUUCAUUUGGAGAUGCAGCUCAACUUUGAGCCGCGCUCACCGGUUCAGCUACGCGCCCGGGAUCUGAAGCUCCAAAGGGAGGGUCUGCGGCAGGAGCUGGAGCUGGUGGCCACCCCGCAGCUGCCUGCCGUGCGUCACCUCCUGGGAACCUUUUCUUUUUAUCUGGAUGAGCUGGACGAGGCCCGCAAGCGUUUCCUGGAGGUGGCCCGCGAAGACCCUGGGAACCUCAAUGCCUGGGCCAAUCUGGCACACGUCUACGGGCAGCUGGGCCAGGAGGAAGAGGAGGAGGCGUGCGCCGCGCGACUGGCCGGCCUCAUGGGCCUGGCAGGGGACCCCGAGGAUUCAGGAGACCCACGGCUCCGCGCUGCCCGCUGCCUGGCAGAGCAGGGAUACGCACACGGCUUCGACGUGGGCUGUGCCAGCCCAGAGGAGCGUGCCCAGGUGCUGGAGGCGGGUAUCGCACUCUACGACAAGGCGCUGAGCUAUGGGCAGCAGAUCCCAAUAGAAGAGAAAAGGAGCUGGUACUUCACCAUGGCAACGCUCUUCAUCAGGUUGGAUGGCAUCUUGCUAGAGAUGGGCACUGAGGAGCAGAAAAGGCUGCCAGCCUUCAACCGCACCCUGGCCUUGCUCCGGCAAGUCCUCAAGUCCUCAGACUCCCGACACCAAGCUUUGGCCUGGUGCUAUGUCGGCAUGCUGCUGGAGAGGAAGGACACCUUCUUCACCACCCCCAUGGGUGUCCACGAAUGCGGAUACUCAGGGACGGAGCCCCUGGACUGCUUUGGCAAGGCCAUUGAGAUCGCCAAGGACCAACCUCCCAUCCUGAAUCGCCUGGCCAAAAUCUUCCACUUCCUAGGAAAGCAGGAUAUGGCCGUAGGAACCUGCAACAUGGCCCUGGAUGUGCUUAGAGACCCACAGCUCAACUGGCAGGCAUACAGCACCAGGGCCAAGGUUCGAAUCAGAGCCUAUGUCCACGACCUGGAACGGGCCAAAGUGGGGCUCGGGGGCAUGCCAGACAGGAACCACCUGGCCUGUGCCAAAGCUGACCUUGAGGAAGUGAUCAAGGUGCACCCAGGCCUCAGGACCUACCUAGACAUCGGCCAGGUUUACUACUACAUGGGCGUGGAUGCCAUGAGGGAGCUGCUGGCUGUGGAUGAAGCCGCGCUCAACCAGGCGCUGGUCUUCCUGGCGAAGGCUGGCGAGUUGGAGCUAGGAGCCACGCUACCGGAGCUGCAGUUGCUGCGCGGCAAAUGCUUGCGAGUCCAAGGCGAGGAUGCCAACGCUGCGGCCUGCUUCAAGCGUGCAGUGGAACUGGAUGACACGGGAUCCAGCCACACCGAGAGCUUCGGCUGCCUGCUCGAGGCGCUACUGGCUCAGUGGAGCCAGGCACAGCUGAGCGACGGCGAGGUGAGCUGCGAGGUGGACAUCUGGUUGUGCCACGCCAGGAGCAAGUACCCAGCGGCACGCCUGCGCCAGGAGCUGCAGCGUGUGUGGCGCGGCCACACAGAUGAGGUCCUGGGCCUGGCUGGUGCCUUGGUAGCCCAGGGACGGCCGGCACUAGUGCGGCUGCUCUUUGAGACCAUGGAACACGAGGGUGAGGACGCUGGAGGACCGUGCAAAAAUCGAGCAUCCUCCUCCUGAAUCAGGUGCUGAUGCCCUGAUGAGGUCGGAUCCCAAAGAGGCCCCACGUGGAUGACUGAGUUUAGUCAUGGCACUCAAGACAGGCCACCUGGAAGGGUGAGCAGAGCCAAAUGUUUUCUGUGUUGGGUUAUAGUUUAGUCGAAGGCUUGCCUAGCAAGCAUUGAGGCCCUGGGUUCGUUUCCUACACCUGAGGGGUGGGGGGGAAUCAAAGCAGAUUUCCCCCCCCCAUAGAAAUUGUGAAUGGGUAUUUUGAAACAUUUUAUAAAUUUGAAAUACCCAUAGGGCAGGAAAGGGACGCUUGCAGGAAAUUCUGCAGAACAAGGAGUCUGGGAGCAGGCACGAGAGGCCAAUGGAAAACUGCUGCUUGAAGAAAAGAAUUUUACAAACAUGCAGGGAAAAUAGGAUAGUUCAACUCUGACAGAAAAGAUAGCUGUCUCCAAUGUGACGUUCUAUCCCAGAUGUCUGAGUGACUGUCAUUGGAGUCCCAAGGGCCACACUGAAAGUUUAGCUGAGUAGUCUCAAGUUCUCAGCCAGAAAAGUCUAGCUAAAACAGACCAAGGUAGCACUGUGAGUGGGUACCGGCAGGGUUCUGACUUAAGCCCAGGUUUUCAGAACCAGUUCCUAUCUCGCCAUCAGCAUCCAGCAAGCCUUUGCUUUGGUCAGCCUUCCUGGAAGGCAUCCCGAAGUCCCUGAAAUAAAACUCAUCAGAAACACCCUCA